AUGGCCGGCAGUUUAGUCGCAAGACGCACGGAAUUUUUGAAAAAUGCCAUAAUUAUUUCACUUAUUCUGAUAAACUUGGGGAUUACACUAUAUGGCUAUAAUUACCAAGCUUGGAUUAUUGUACGGAGCACGACUACCAACCCGAGCAAUGUGGAGAAGAAUUUGACCGAGUACUACCUUUCAGAAUACCCGCGUGACUUGGAUCGUCUAAAGAGGUCCUGUGAAGAUUUUCAAAGUGGAACACAUCAGCCGCUUUUGUAUUUUGAUAAAAAGACCCACUUUUUGAGUUGGCACUGGAAUGACUCGUUGAACUGUCACAUUGCCAUCCUCGUUGUGUUUGGCAUCCACGUUAUUAGUACAUUCAUCUCCCUGCUGAAUUACAAUCACCAAAGAGCACGGACCGGCGGCUACUACUCCACCGCUGUAACCUACGUCGGUGCAAUGUUCUUCGACUUCAUGCAUAUUGAGAGCAAUUUGAGGAUUAUAAUGCACAUAAACACGGAACUGCGCGUCGCCAACUUCUACGCAAGACAGUCCAGGGAGUCAGCAUUUGCAACGCCCAACUUCAUGGCAGUUCAACCGCCAGGCUUGUAUUCUGCCUCCAUUAUCAUUCGUCUGGCCCUCAAAUUCGUGCUCUUCUGCAUCCUUCUAGAGCACCCUGAUAAAAAUCCAUCAAAAGAAGCUGAAAAGAACUUCAUUGAAGCCACUAAGGCAUAUGAGAUUCUCUCCAGUCCAGAAAAACGAGCAAAGUAUGACGCUUAUGGUAUCGUUGACUUGGAUGUCGAUGAUUUGCGUAGUGGUAGUGUCAAUGACCCCUCAUUUGGUUCUGACCUGUUUGCAAAUAUUUUUGGCGGAUACCACCGUCCAUUUGACCGAUUUCGUGAAAGUGCAAACGUCCAGGUAGUCACAUUUCAUAAUUAUAAAGUGAAUUACCACCCUGCUUCUCGCACCACUCCUCUUAUGCUUCUUGGAAUUUCUCACUUCUGUUUCAUCUGCCGCCGUAUUCAACCGCUUUGGUCUAAAAUAGCCAGUCAGUAUUCCAAUUUGGGCGUUACAUUUGGUGUUGCAAACAUUCAGGAUGACCAAGCACUUCGUGAAGAAUUAAACGUGCUGCAUUCACCCAGCGUUGUUGCUGUGAUAGAUGGCAAGGUGAACUACUUUAUGGGAAUGGACUACACAGAAUCGUCUAUAGUGGACUUUCUUGUCCAGUCGCUACUGGAAUCCAGCCCUUCUCGUUCCGCUCCAAUGCCGGGUCUACUUAGUACGACUCUUGGAGCCCCGCUUUUCACCAUCAUUUCAAAUGAGAAAGUUCUUGACAACUUCCUAAUGGAUUGGCUCGAAGACAGCCGACCAAGGGCACUAUUUUUUAAAUCGACAGAACAGCCACCCCUUAGAUUCUGUUUGGCUGCUUUUCGAGCUGCCGAUUUUCACGCAUCUGGUUACGUUAACUCUCAUCUUCCGUCUGCCAAAUCACUACUGAAACGGUUUAAUCUCAGUCAAAACGAAGAAAAUAUAUUAAUCUUCCACGAGUCCCCACAGGAACCGGUUAUUUCUCAGGCAGCUGUUCACUUGUCCAGGAAAGUUCUUGACGAUGUUCUAAUGCAAAACAGUCGCCUCUCUGUCCCCCGGAUUCUAAGCUCAGUUCGUUUCCUCGAUCUCUGUCCAGCCGACGGACACCCUCCGUCGUCCGCAUUCGCUUCGGCCGCGGAGACUGACGGCGGGAGCCACACGAGUCACCGCCACCUGUGUUUUGUUCUCCUUCUCAACCAUCGCAUUGGCCUCAAAGUGGGUUCAAAGCAGCGUGCCUGGCUCGACUUGUUCCGCUCGGCCCUCGUUCCUGCGAUUCCGCACGCGCUGACCUCUGCCCUCGGCCUCACCGGUCGUCUUCCUGACGACUUCCGACCCAUUCUCUCGCCCGCCUACAUGUUUUCCGACCGGCAAGCGGCUUGGCUCAAAAAUGUUACUGCCUCAUCUACUUGCCCUGCGUGCUUGGAUCAAAUCCAAGCUACCGCUGGUUACAUCCUGGCCCUCUGGCGCCUGUCCUCCAGAACACUGGCCUUUCGCCUGCUCCCUCGACAGAUGGGUCUGCAUCCUGCCGAAGUGCUGCCCGCAAAUCUUACGGUGGACGCGCCGUCAAUCGAGGUCUACACAGGACGACUAAAAACCUCGCUCACCAACCUGGUAAUGGAUAUGGUCAAGGUGGACGCCUUCCUCAGAGGUAGGGAUGCAAAGGAGGUGAAGGAGGACGUGAGUGGUUGGUCGAUCGCCUACCUUCCGCGAAUGGAAGUCCUACUCAGAGAUGAGUUGGCGGCCUCGCUCGGUGUCCGCAUCAAGCGCAAACUCUGGAGCAUGGGUCUCGCCGCACUCUCUUACUUCGACAGAUUUACACCUGUUUCGGACUAUAGUAGGAAAUGGUGGAGCGACCACUUUCCCGCAUUUCCGCAACAGGUUUUGGUCGGAUCCAAUCGACUUCCUUCUGACAAGCGGUUUCACCUUUGUGGUCUUGGGGGUGAUCGCGGUUUACCGAGUCGGGCGCGACGUCUGGUCGGAGUGCGUGCCAUCGACUCAGGCGCCGAAUCCACGGAAGUCGUCUGCACCUCAAGCGCCCCUCCUGUCUCCCACCCGGCCGUAAGUGCCCGUCUCCGCCCCCACGUCCCCCCCUCCCCCACACAACUUGGCACAGCUUCACGCUCUUUAUUUUCCCGUCCUUUUGUCUUCUUACCCUUAGGCACGCCCUAUCCUAGGUUUGUGCUCAUCUCAUUGAAACGCAAACCGUUUAUUUGGUCUCUGAAAAGGCCAAUUCUUCGUCUUUUCUCGUUUAGGUUAACCAGUGGGGCAGACUGUGGGAGUGUCCUUUUGACUCCCUCGACGUACGAGCGCCUGGUACCAGGAGCGCCACCGGGCCAAGUCAGCGUGAUUCUGUGCACUGACGCGUCUCCGCUCGGACAGCGCCUAGCCAAUCAGUUCUUCCAGAUAUCUCGGCGCAUGGGGAGCGGUGCCAACGUGCGAAUUGUUCCGGCGUCCCUGUUUGUCGACCACUACCCUGAGUGGUUGGGGUGGGCACUGGAGGCUGCGACUCGAAUCCCCUUCACCCCCAGCUUCAGUCCUCGUGGCGUAGACGCCGCCGGUGGCGGAACCCCACCGGCCACCUUGACCUUCAACCCAGCCAAUUGCCGUGGGACGGUGUUCGCGGUUAAUGGUUUCCGCCGGUACUUCCACAUGUACCACCCACUGCUCCCGGGCUCACAAUCACGACCCUUUGUAGAGGUGAGUUUACGAUUUACUUCAUUCGAAACUACUGAUAAGCUCAUCAAGGUCUUCAACUGCACCCGUAGUUUGCUGGCGUUUUGUGAAUCGGACGAGGUAGACGCGGACGUGUGUUGUGCCCCGAGAGGUCCCUCCAAGGAGGCUCGGCGUUUCGCGAACUUCAACAAGUUGCUCGGCCUGAGCCAUUCAGACAACGAAAGCGACUACGAAACCGAGAGUGAGACGGAAGAGGAGUGUCUGGCUCCAGUGACUCCCCUUUUGGAGCAGGAACUCCUGGCUGGCCUCGUGGCGUGGUUCGAUCGUUUAUUUGAGGGCUCCCUGCGUCGACAUCAUGUCUCCGAGUGGCCGCGAAGUCUCACGCUUUCCACCAAAUAG